UUACUUUCUGAUAUUUUUUACAAGUUUUAAGAAUAUGAAAAUAUCAUGUUUUUUAGGAAAAGGAAAGGUACAAAAAUGAAGCUAGAAAUGACGCAAGAAACUUUUUACAUGUCUCGCCUCUGACGUCACACAACCCAUGUCGCGCCGCGAGAGAACCGAGCCUUAAUGAUCCUUCUGGCACCAUCUAACAGAAAUUGAAAUAAUUUCUAAGGUGUUAUAUCGUCGAUACAAAGCACACACUCAAUUUUCAUGCAAUACCGAUCGUUGUUAAUGCAAAUUGCAACAUCCGAUAAAUUCAAGGAAUUGCUCCAAGAAAUUGGAAAAAAAAAAAACGUCGAACUUGUCGCACAUGUGCUACGAGAAGAUAUCGCGAAGGUUAUAAUGCGAGGUGUGCUCGCGCUUAAAUCGCUUGCAUACAGAAUUCAUCUAACCUCAACGUUCUUUACCCCGUAUCGCACUAAAUAUAUUCACGCAAAACACGUGCUGACGAUGAACGAGGCAUUUCUCCGUUACGAGAAAGGCAACGACGUGUUUGACAUUUCGUUUCGUUAUGUGAACGAAGAGAUGAAUAUCGACCGUCAAUUUAAUUUUUCCAGACAGGUCACCGAAAAUGUGAACAAUUUUCUGAAAAGAAUCGAUACAAACGUUUACAAAAACAUAAACAAAAAGAUGCAAAGAAAAAAGAAGAAAAAUGCUACUUUAGAAGUAUCUGAUAUACCAAAUGACAAUGUAAAUACUGGAAAAAUCAUGCUUCUUAAAGAUGAUAUUAAAGUAAAUGGCGAUGCAUUAUGGCAAAGCCUUUUACAAGAUUCUGCAAAUCUGAAACUAGUUAUUUUUGAAAAAAUCUUUUUAGUGAGAUUAAACGCGCCUUACAUUAACAAAAUUUCAUUACCAUCAAGUAUGCUGGUGGGUUUUCCAACUUAUCCCUCCAAGUUUGAAUCGCUUUAUACUGACAAAAAGCAAUCGACAUUUGAUUGGUAUAAAAACGAUCGUAUUAACAACAAGCCGCAUUUAUGGACACACAUAGGCACUGGAUAUCUAUAUGUACCAAACAUGACUGACAUCGGUUGCAAUUUGAAGAUUAGCUGCGAACCACGAAACGAGUCAGACGUGGGUUGUAGAGUCGAAGUAGAAUCAAAGAAUGUUGUAGAAGCUGGUCCUGGACAAUGUCCAUUUGAUAUUAGACAUCAAUUUACAAAACAUAAAUUAUCAGGCAGAAGUUUCAGAAUAGUAUCUUACAAUAUACUAGCGGAUACGUACACCGAUUCUGAUUUUACUAAAGAUGUAUUAUUUCCAUAUUGUCCACAGUAUGCAUUAGAUAUGGAUUACAGAAAGCAAUUAAUACUUAAAGAAAUAAUAGGUUUUAAUAGCGAUAUAAUUUGCCUACAAGAAGUAGACAAGAGUAUAUAUGAAUAUGACUUAUUACCAUCUCUAUAUAUGUUGAAUUAUGAUGGUGUAUUUAUUACAAAGAAUGAAAUGAGCGAAGGACUCGCCACGUUUUUCAAUCAAGAAAGAUUUGAAAAAUUGGGAUUUGAAUACAGUGUAAUGGCUCAGAACAUCGAUUUUCCUAAAUUUACUGCCGUCUGGUCUAAAAUCGACAAUGACAAGACAAGAGAGAGAUUUUUGAAUAGAAAUACAACUAUUCAGGUAACAAUGUUACGAUUGAAAGAGGAUUCAUCCCAAAUUUUGAUCGUCGGCAACACACAUCUGUACUUUAAACCUGAUGCGGAUCACAUACGUUUAUUGCAAGGAUAUUACGCGAUUACAUAUGUACAUGAUGUGGCGAAAAAAAUUCAAGAAGAAAAUCCUGAAUGUAACGUGAGUGUAAUUCUUUGCGGAGAUUUUAACAGUGUGCCGGAAUGUGGCAUUUAUCAACUGAUUACGGAAAAUUAUGUUCCGGAAACGUGCGAAGAUUGGAAAAGCAAUGCCGAGGAAACUAUAAAAAACAUAUCCUUAACGCAGGAUCUUUACAUGUCUAGCGCUUGCGGAACGCCAGAGUAUACAAAUUAUACGCCGCAGUUCUCUGCUUGUUUGGACUAUAUAUUUUAUGAGAGGGACAAAUUCGAAAUAGAACAAGUAAUUCCAAUGCCCAGUAAGGAGGAACUUACUCUUCACACGGGUUUGCCAUCUGUAGUAUUUCCCAGUGAUCAUAUAUCUUUAUGCGCCGAUUUAAAACUAAAAGGAUAAUGAUAAAAAUUGUUAAAUUGCGCUACGCCUGUAAUAUCAAUUAUAUGUAAUUAAACAUAGAUGGUGAUCAAAUCUAUUUAUACAUUUACGUAAUAUACAGGCAAAAAUGUACUAAUAUAAAAUCACUAUCAUUGAAACUUAUUAUUCCUAUUUCAAGAUUCUAAUAGUAUUAGAGUUAAGUUAUACAUUCUGCUCUACAUUAUUUAAAUGUAUAUCUUUUUUAUAUUGCCAGAACAAUUUAUAUUGUGCAUUUUAAGGACUAACUUAAAUUUUAGAAAGUUUAUUAUAAUAUUUAGAUUGUGCUUCUUUUAUCAUCAUGUGUCGGCAUGUCAUGAUUAGAGCAUUCUUAUAAGUAAAGUAAAAGCAAUAAUAAGAUUUAUAUUUUCUGUGAUAAAUAUAUUUUAUAUCACUUCGUUUAUUUGAUUAAUAUCAAACCGCAGGUAGCAAAAAUUUAUUCUAGUGCAAGAAAUAAUUCUUAAGAAACAACAUUAGGAAAAGUAUAUACUAGGAAUGUGUGAGUCAAAUUAUCAUAAGCAGAUUCUUCUUUCCAAGUGCAUCAUAUUAAUUUCAUUUAUGGUCAUCAAGAUAUACAUUCAUAUUUCAAUAAUACAACAAAAUGACGUCAUGUAUCUAUAGCUAAAGUUAAUUUACAAAAACUUAUAUACAUUAAUAUAUUUUUUUGAUAUAUUAUUUCCUUCUUCAACGGCUCCGUUCGUAAAGAUCUGCAGGUAACUUUAAAUUUGAUUGAACCAUAAACUUUCUAUAUCCGCUACACAAGAUGUUUUUUAGUACCUUUUUUACCUUAAGCGAAAAAUUGAAUUUUUAUACUUUACUAUUUAUAUUUUACCAGUCUACGAGAUUUACGCGUAAAGUAGAAAUGUUUUAAUCUGUAGUUAUCUAUAUAAUUAUAACUAUUACGUUUCAAAGCGUUUCACGUAUAAAAUGAAAUUCAAUUUUGGAAGAGUAGAAAAAAUUGUUCUGUUUUCAUGGAUAUCCGAUGAUUAAAAUUUUUUUUCUAUUUAUUUAUAUCUUUCUUUUUCAUCAUAGAUUUGAUUAUUACAUGAUUGCGUUACUUUACACAUGAAACACUUUGUAUCUAAUAUAUUUAUUUAUG